UUGAACAGCAGCAGAAGCAACAGCAGAGGAAGGAUGGUCAGACAUAUGUUCUCUAAUCUCCUGCUACUCUGGUCAAUCGGCCAUGACCUUUGUAUAACUGGACUGACAUAUGACGAGCCGAAGGAGCAGUCCUGGAACAACCACAGCCUCUAUUCUGUCCCUCUGGAUUUGGAUGUAAGGCUUAGGAGACUAGACCUGUCCAAUAACUUCAUCAGACAGCUGCACACACUUGCUUUGCCAUACUUGGAGCAGCUGGACCUGAGCUCCAACCAGCUGGAUCUCAUCUCCGAGGGCGCUUUUGAAGACCUGGCUCGACUUGAGGAGUUGAAUUUGUCCAGAAAUGCGCUGAACGACGACAUUGGCAGUAACGGCAAAGCCCUCCAAUCCAUCAGUAGGCUGAAGAGUUUGGACAUAUCAAUGAACGACUUGAGUGACGAUGCAGUGGAAGUGUAUCUUCGAAACAAAUCGUGUCUUGAUCAACUUAAGAUGACUGGUAAUGCUUUAACAAGACUUUCACACAACUUGUUCAAAGAGAGUAAAGGUUUGAGGGCCAUUACUAUUGAUGACAAUCAGAUAUCGGUGAUAGAACAGGGGACAUUUGAACCAUUGAGCCAAUUAGAGGUGCUAAAUUUGGCCAGAAAUAACCUUGCGCAUAUCUGUGAUUUUAAACUACAUCAAGUUAAAUAUCUGAAUCUUAGUCGAAAUUCAGUUGAGUUCUUUGUUACGCGUGAGGAUGACCAGUUGUACAGGCUUGAAAUUCUUGAUCUGAGUCACAACAAACUCCUUUAUUUCCCAAUUGUUCCAAAAAUGAACAGUUUGAGGUAUCUACAUUUACAGAAUAAUUUGGUCGGUGCCUUAAAUUCAGAGGCUACAAUGGUAUCGGAGGCCAAUGCUCUUUAUAGUGAGAUUAUGAGCGAGAAAACAGUUAGAAAAAAUAUCCUACACUCAAACUGGAGGCUGAUGCCACUGAUUUAUAUCGACCUGAGCUAUAACCACUUCAGGUCUUUCCCACUGGAGACUUUGAGCCGUCUUACAUCAUUAGAGACUCUGAAUUUUAGUUUCAACUGUUUGCAAAACAUCACCUGGAACGUAAGAAAUGACGACGAAUCAGGAUUCCGUCGGCAGCUUUUCUUUCCCUCCUUAAAGUACCUUAACAUGCAGAGUAACGGACUUGCAUACAUUUCUCCACUUUUUCUCAAUGCGCUCACACAAAUAGAAACAUUAAAUCUACAAGACAAUUCUGUGCAGCCUUGUGCCUCAAUUGACCAAUCAACACAGCAGAUGAAUCUCAAUGCCUCCUGCGUUGUCAUUGGCCAGCUAAGGACGCUGAAACACCUCAAUCUUAAAGAAAACAACAUCAAAAUGCUUCAACCAAACACGUUUCUAAAAACCUCUUUGGUUUCUCUGAACCUUGCAAGAAAUUCACAUAUGGUAGUGCGAAGGGACGCAUUAGAGGGUGUGCAAAAGACUCUCCAGUCCUUGAUCAUUAGUGAAAUGAACAUGACCAGCUCUGAUCUGUCUUUACCCUGCAUGCCAGCAUUAACUGAGCUGAACAUAUCUAACAACCACCUCGAUGUGAUUCCCAGCAGUUUGAGCUGCUCUCCUCUGACAGAAAUAGACAUAAGAAAUAAUCAUUUUGAGUCUUUAAACAAUUCUUUGAUCCUUGCUUUAUCGGAGCGCCUUAAUCUUAUGUAUAUAAGUGGAAACUAUUUUAACUGUUGUGACAGUAAGUGGCUGAUAAUCCUACAUGAGCUGAAGAUGAAACUGCCUGAUGUCAAUGACGCCGUAUGCUUUACAAGCGAUAGACACAUUGCGAUGACAGAGUAUCUGAAAAACCCUUCAGGGUAUUGUUUGUCUCAUACAAAAGCACAGGAAGUUCACUUUGGAACAAUGAUCAUCAUUGUUUUAUUCGUAUCUGUAAUAUCGACAGUGCUCCUCAUAUUUACCAGGAAAGGGUGUUGCACACAGAGAUCAUUCAUAGUGUGAUAUGUUAAAUCUGUUGUCAUCGGUUUAUUUUGGACAUUGUUCUAUCUACGCACAUGGGUUACAUUAAGUAAGCAACUCAAAUACAAUAGUGAGAAACUGGAUGGCAAACUAAAGUAACUGAAAUUAAUUUGAGCUUCAUUUUGCGUGACUUUUAGUUCGUAAAAUUCAGUAGAAUCUUCAUCGUCUAACACAAUUAUUUUCUCAUCUCCAUUCAAAGCUUUCUUUUAUGGCUCCUACUGCACACUAUUAAUCUUGUAGAACAUGCAUCACGCUGUGUGACCUGUGCAGCCAAAUUGCUGUGAUUAAAAUUGACUCCCAAGGUAUUUGGUUACGAUAUGUGUGCCAAAUCGCUAAUCAGGCAGAGAAUUUUUGCCCAUCCUUCAUUGUGAAACGUUUGCAAGCAACUAAAAGUUUAGCCUUGGCUCAAUUUUUUAUGACGUCUCUGAGGCCUUGCACAAUGUUCCCAGAAUUUGAACUCCUGAACAAUUCAAUAAAACGCCAAUAAGAGACCUUGUACACUUUAAUAUAUUUCACUUUCUGCAUCUGUUUGUGUUUUGUUAUGUAUAAUCGGCUCUGGCCCUGGUAAUGAAAUACAAUGUGGCAUCAGUUAUGCUGAACAUAAUAAUAAAAAUGCUGUACCUAAUAACUAGAAUAUGUUGAGAGUAUUCAUUUUAGAGUACAAGUACACCUUUUCUAUACCUGCAAAAUAAAUCACUGUAGUUCAGUGAGGAUGAAUUGUGAAUUUCUGUUUUUAGUUGAGCAACUAUUGUAG